CGAAGGCUCACCACUCUACCUUUUCUGAUUAGGUGAGUGGUUCCCCUGAACCUCCGCCCCGAGACCACCCUCCUCCUGGCGCAAUCGGCACUGAGCGUUCCCAGCGAGCAGAGAAAGCAAAAGACAGCAGUGAGGGUCUGGGCACCAUGAAGUCAGAGGCAGGGGCUCAGCUGGAUAACUCGGGGGCCUGCCCACCCAUCCAGUUUGGAGCCAGUGAAAAGGAUGCUGAUCUCCGUUUCAUAGUGAAUGAAGGGCCGAAAGCUGACAAAGAAGCACUUACUGAAGGGCUGGCCUCUGCCCCCCGGGAAUGGGAGCUGCUUCCCCCGCCUCCUGCCAGCCACAGAGCUUCCCCCGAGAUGCUUCCUGGCCGCUUCUGUGAUGCCCGGCCAUUCUCGGUCGCCCCAGCUACUGUCUCCACUGCUUCAUGCCUGCAGAGCCUCCCAGCAGAGUCCUCUAUGUUUUCAGGCGAGCGAGGCCAGGGCCAGCGACUCUACCCAGAGCUCUUCUAUGGGAACCAGGUCCCCACUUCUCAGCUAGAGUCGCAGCUUCAUGGGACAAGCGGGGCCAGCAAUUACCACCGUCCGAGCACCCCCUCCUUGCACACUUACAGGUCCCAGCACCUGUACCUCCAGCCCAGCCCGGGCCCAGCCUCUCCCGCUCAGGGGGCAGCAGGCGCUGUUCUCUCCAGCUCGGCCUUGCUCUCAGGGGUGGCACUGAAGGGGCAGUACGUGGAGAUCUCGGCCCUGCAGGCGGCCGAACUCCCCAAGCUGCCGGCCACGGGGUUGCUGUACCAGGCGCCCCCGCCUUCCUUCAUCUACAGCUCGGCCUUCUGCGGCAGCCAGCUUCCUCCAGAGCAAGCCAUGCUUCAGCAGAUGCGCCAAGAGCUGGCCUCCCCGUCGGAGUACUACCCCGCUACCCUUGGGCAAGGAAGCCAGAGCAACUUUCUGACAGCCACGGGCCCAGCACAGCAGGUACUUUUGCCAGUGGUGGAGCCGCCCCAACUCUCACCCGUGGUGAACUUUGGCUCUUUGCAGCAAGCCCCGCCCACAGCCACCGCCCCACCACCGCCUCCCAUGCCCCUGGUCCCCAUGGCCACCCAGGCCUUGCGCCCGCCGGGACAGAUGCCGGGGCGCCUCAUGUCUCCAGCCGUGAGAGCAUUCCCUCACGGCGGAGUGGGCCGUAGUGAGCUCCAUGCCCUAGAAAUGAAGCCACUACAAGACUACAGGAAGCUGAAUGGCCUGGGGGCUGCAGGGGCCAGACCCCCUUCUGGAGGCAGACCUUUCUCUGGAGGCUUCAAUGCCAGGCUGAAAUCCCCUGCGUCUGGCUAUGGUAGCAUCUUCCGCGCCCAGCGCUUUGAGGUCUACCAGCAGUCGGACGUGCGCUGGAGCCCGCGUGCCUGGGAGCGAGCGCCCCAACCCCGUGACGGCGCCCCCCCUCGACGCCUCGAGCCGGACCCCCGCUCCCACAGCGACAAACAAGACCCCAGUCUCUCUAGCCACCACUAGUCCAGGAUGCGGAGUCCUUCCCUUUUUCAUUCUGUCCCCUUCCUCGAAAAUGCUGGGAAGGGGGCUGUUUUGUGGGGGCUCUGUCCUCCUCUUCCUCCUCCCCCCCCCCCUUGGUGUAUCCUGAAUAUGGGGUGUCUCCUUGAUUCCUUUUCUGUUUUGUGAGGAGGGCGACACUGGAAUUUGCCCCCUCAGUUAGGGGGUGUUAGACACGUAGUGUACGGGAGGGAGGCAAGGAUCAGGAUUUUGGGAAGCUCCCAGCUGAAUGUAUCUUUGCUUAUUUCCUUUGGUUUCAACCUAAGUUUUGUUUCUGAUUUUUUUCCUUUUUUUUUCCUGGCAAGGGGCUAAGGUUGCCCUUUUGAUCUGAGGGGGGAGCAGCUCUGAGAUGUGGAGUGUAAAUAUAUAUAAAUAUGAACACAUGGGGGUCUCACCUCUCCCCUCUUCUAUUUAUGGGGGCCGGGGGGAAGUGAGACUGGGAGCUUGCCUCCUCUCCUGUCCAUUUGCUCCCCUGAGUUUGAAAUAGGAAGCGUUGAGUUUUUAAACAGGUGGUCGAGCUGGUUUGUUUAAUAAAUAAAAACCAAAAAAAGUUGUUUAAAAAAACCAAUAAAAUAAAAAGUCAAACUGU